AGGGGGGAGGGAGAGGAAGAGGAGGCAUUCAGACAAAGCGUCCUACAUCGGCUCCAGUCAUCACUGAGAAGUUUGUCAUCGGCAAACCUGGCCUUCACUUUUGUUUUUUUGCACAAAAAAGAAAGGAGAGGAAAGACAUAGGGUGAAACAGAGAGAGAGAUGAAAAAGAAAAAAGUUCCUGUCAUUGCUGGAUGCUACCUUGGAGCUGACCGUGCCUUUGAUGGUACCUGCUGUUAAGCUGGCUGAAAAGAGGGGCGUCACCUGGACAAAAAAAUAACAGAUGUACCUCAUGAUGGUGUCCAUGCCAGCUGCUGAUUCCUUCAUUUCAUAGCUUGUUCCAUCCUUCAUCUGGUGAAUGGCAUACUGAGACACUGGAACCUGGCACUGGCCUCCCUGCUUUGGCUAAUUUAAAUUUGUUCUGACUCAUCUCACUCUGCUGAUGAUUGUCCUCCUUUUUGUAUCCCUUUGGUACUGGUCACGGUCUACACAGGGAUUCACUGUUGUUGCUGGGACUCAUUUAAAUACUUAAUAAGUAUUGCAGCAGACUAUUAGGGAAGCCAGUUCAGCUUGACAUCGCUGUCUGCCUAUUUCCAAGGUCAAAGUAACUGUCUAUGCAUGGUUUGCUGCUGGAAAAAGUGGGAUAUAAGAAGCGGAGAGCACAGGGAGUGCAUUAGUGGAGUGAGUCCAUGGCGUCUUUGCUGAUGAAAUUGUUUAAAUUCCGAGGAGAAAAAAAGAAAAUAAAAAACUAUGAGAAUGUCCAACGUGAUGAAGAUCCUCAGUUAGACUGGGAGACAUUGGGCGAGCUGGGAGAUGGAGCCUUUGGGAAAGUCUACAAGGUGCGCAAAAAGUCAUCAGGAGUCCUGGCAGCUGCCAAAGUGAUUGAGGUGAAAAGUGAAGAAGAGCUAGAGGACCAUGUCAUAGAAAUUGAUAUCCUGGCACUGUGUUGUCACAGUAACAUCGUCAAAUUGUUGGGUGCACUCUUUUUUGAAAGCAAGCUUUGGAUUAUAAUUGAGUUUUGUCCAGGAGGAGCAUUAGAUGCAAUAAUGUUGGAGCUGGAAAGAGGGCUAAGUGAGCCUCAGAUUCAAGUGGUGUGCCAGCAGACCCUGCAGGCCCUGGACUACAUUCACAACAACAGGAUCAUCCAUCGAGACCUGAAAGCAGGAAACAUUUUACUCACCUUGGAAGGAGAUGUUAAACUCGCUGAUUUUGGGGUCUCAGCUAAAAAUGCCAGCACUUUCCAAAAAAGAGCUACAUUCAUUGGUACCCCCUACUGGAUGGCCCCAGAGGUGAUCCAGUGUGAGACAUCAAAAGAUGUUCCUUACACUGCCAAGGCUGACAUCUGGUCCCUGGGGAUCACUCUAAUUGAGGCAGCAGAAAUGGAGCCACCAUUCCACGAGCUCAACCCCAUGAGAGUGCUGUUGAAGAUCACCAAGUCUGAACCCCCGUCCUUGAAACUGCCACAUCUAUGGUCUGCAGAUUUCAAAGACUUCCUGAAGAAAGUACUUCAGAAGAACGCAGACUUGAGGUGGACAGCCAAGCAGCUGCUGGAACACUCCUUUGUGUCCAGUGUGAAUGGGAAUGGACCUCUCCUAGAGCUCAUUGCUGAGGCCAAAGCUGAGGUGAUGGAAGAAUUUGAAGAAGAGGAGCAGUGUGAGGAAGAGGCGGAUGAUACCCUUAUCACUUCCAACUGUGAGCCUUGUGUCGCUGACCUCAGAGAUGAAAGUCAUGAAGAAUCCUUAACAGAGAUGGCAGACCAGCAAAAAUCAGAGUUUAGUAAAGAUGCUGUGAAUGUUGAAAUGGUCCUGGAGGUGCAGGAAGGCCCAAAAAUCCAAGAAACUGGGACAAUUACCAACCCAUCUGAUGCUGGUUGCACAUGUACAGAUAUAGAGGCCAAACAUUUAGUACUCCUUGACACAGCUGAAACAGAUCAGACAAAACAGCAAGAAGAAAAAAAUGAGCCCAGCUUAAAGGAGAGCAAUACGACUCCGCAAGAAACUGGCCUUCCAUUGGCAAGUUUAAAGAAGCUGUGGCGGCGUUCAGAUCCCAUAUCCUUCCUGCGAAAGUCUUCCGGAAGAAGGCAGAAAUGCAAAUCUUACUACUGGAAAGCACAUGCUGCUGAAGAAUUGACCUGUACAAUAGAGGCUGAUGUCCUCAAAAUGAAAGAAAACAAUGGCCAAUACCCAGACAUUUGUAAGGCCACUAUUAAGUUGUCCGACCAAGAACAAAGCUGCAAAGCUUUACUGCCAGAGACACCAGAGGAGGCCACCAUAACCACUUCAGAAGAAAUAACAGCAGAGUUAAGACCUGGCCAUACAGAUGGAUUAAUGAGCUGCACAAUGCAAUUACCUGAUCAGGUCUCAAAAGAUGAAAGCUCAGAAACAGAGAGUAAAGAGACACAAACAAAUAAUAAGACAGAUGACCUUAAUUCUGAGGCCAAUGACCAUGUGCUACAGACAGAAGUCAAAGAAAAUUCAAUUUCUUUAUCCCAAUCAACCAAUGGAGAAAGCACAGAGGAAACCCCAAGGUCAGCAAUGGAAGAUCCCUCGAUGGUGGUUCAAGAAGAAGGACUACCACAGAGUAGCUGUCCUAUUGGGGAGGUCACUGACAUCCAUGAAGGAAGCUUCACUGCUGAGGACCAAUCCAUUUCUCAUUCAGACAGAUCUUCCAGUGUGGACAACGAUAAAGAGGAACCAUUGUCUCUGCCAGACAUUUCUUUUGCAAAGCAUGAUUUAAUCUGGACACUGAACAGACUGUCUUACCUGGACUUGACACUCAGUCAAAGAGAUAAAGCUCUGAUGACAGUGUCUAGACAGCAGAGCCAACCUGACUUGGGAGCAAAGGGUGAAAUGAGUAAAAUGAAGGCAAUUUGGUAUAGCACAGGUUUGGUAGUGCAGAGAGGACAGACAUCAGAGGAGGCAGUCACACCAGCAAAGAUAAGCAUUCGUAAAAGGGAAAUGGAGGUUGAGUCUGUGCCAGAGAGCACGGUCACCCGGAAAAAGUUUAAGAAAAGCAAUCAUCAGGAGGAGGAAGAUAAUGAGGAAACAAAGGAUAGCUCAAAGAGCAUGACUGAACCUCCAAACGUCUCCAAAGUAACCAAAAGUACUGAAAAUGAUAUCACAGAACUGAUAGACACAUGUGAUCCUGCUGACAUUUUAAAUGUUAAAGUAAAUACAGACAGAAGUCCCCUGAAAGUAAAGGAGGCUCAAGAGGAGGAGCAUGCAGAGAUACAAGAAACUUGCCUAGAAGAUAAGUCUGGAAAGGGAGAGACGCUGGUUAAAAGAGUGAAUUUUGUCUGUCAGGCUCCAGUCAACAUGGAGAAUGAAGUUCAACCAGAGGAAGAAGAGAAAAACAAAGAGCUUCAAGAAAGGUUCACUGAAAAUGGUCAUUUGGACCCAGAAGGAUCCCACUGCAGCACUGAAUCAGGAGGGAAAGUAGCAGGACAAAAGGGCCUUGAUGAAAAUGGACACUUCCCUGGGCCCAUGACAGAUGAAUCCGGGCUGUAUUUGAAGAAAACAGCAGUAUCUGAAGCAGUGUCUGAGGGGGAGGGGACAAUACACAGGAAAACUGUGAAGAAGACCCGGAAAUUUGUUGUGAAUGGGAAGGAAGUGAGUGUCACCACCUCCAAAAUUGUCCUUGAAAAUGACAGGAAGGGAGAGCAAAUGAGAUCAAUCAGACGGCAGGAGUUACGUGAGCUUAGAAUGAUGCAGAAAGAGGAGCAGCGAGAGCAGACACAAAUGGAACAACGCAUGCAGCAACAACGAGAGCAGAUGUUCCGGCACAUUGAGCAAGAGAUGACGAGUAAGAAGCAAUACUAUGACCAUGAAAUUGAGAAGGUGGAGCAAAGUUUUCGGCAGACCAUUGAACGCCUGGAGCAUGAGCAUACUGUAAGGCUGCGAGAUGAGGCCCGUCGACUCAAAUCGAUACAAGAGAAAGAAUACACCCGCCAUGUUCAGGGCCUCAAGGCCAACUCUAAAGAGGAGCAGACAUUCCUCCAGAAGCAGCAACAGGAGUUGAAUGAGGCGUUGCAAAAAGCAGUAAAGGAGCACAAGAAGAAGGUUGCAGCCCUUGAAUGGGAGACUUUAACAAAGACCCAGCAGCUUAAAAGAGCACGAGAGUCUGUAAUCUGGGAACUGGAACAGCGCCACCUACAGGAGAAGUACCAUUUGUUCAAGCAACAAGAGAAGGAGCAAUUUUCCCUCCAGAGGCAACAACUACUGAAGAAGCAUACAAAGGAGAAGGAACGGACAAAUCGUUACCAUCACUUCCUGGUGGAUGAGCUGCGUACUCAACAAGCACAGGAGCGUUCACGACUGCCAAAGAACCAGCGCUAUGAUGCCAAAGCUCGACUGGCCCUUUUCAAGGAGAGCCUGAAAAUUCAAGGAGUCAGCAGUACAGAGCAAAGACAGCGCAUUGCAAAGUUCCUAGCAGAAGAAGAAGCUCGUCAGAAAGCAGAGAAAUCUCGUCAACAGGAAAAUCAUGAGAAACAAAUAAAAGCACUCCAAGAGGAAUGCAGUAGCAACAGCAGAGAACUGCAGCAACUUCAGAAUGAAAAGCUACAUAUGCUGGUGGAACUUGAAAAGAAGAAGUUGAAAGCUCUAGAUGAGGAGCACAACAUGGAGUUGAAAGAAUGGAGAGACCGCUUAUCCAGCCGCAAGGAGGUGCUAGAGGAAGACCUGGCUCGACGGCGGAAACUUAAAGAAAAAACGUCUCGGCGGAGCAGUGAGCAUGAGAGCCGCUCUAAUUACAGUCUCUCCCGUUUCUUUCCCAGCCUCAGUUUUUCGGAGUAGAAAACAUCAAAUCAAACUCAACUCCAAAGCUUGUGUCUGAUUAUAUGAGUCUGGAUAUGCUGCACCUGCACCCUGUUAUCAAUUUUUUUAAUAUUCACUUUUGAUAUGAUUACUGAAUUUAAAAAUGUUCAUAAUUUUGGUCUUGUCCAUUGUUGGAGAUGGACGUAUAGGAGGGAGCUCCAUUAGCAGCGGUGUUCUUUUAACCAUUUGUUUAUAUAUCAUUUCGAGAUAUCCUGUAUUUAUUCAUCCCAGGGGGAUUUAACAAUACACAUGUAAGUACAAAUAAGGAUGAGUGUAAAGCAAAGAGCUCAGAAGGAAAAGGAAAAGAAUAAGACAGCAAAAGCCCCAUCAAAGUCUAAAUCGGCCUCAAGUUCACAGUAUGGCCUACCAGACAAGCGAAGGUACAGACCUGCCAGGACUGGACAUGGCAGCAUCGGCUCCAGCUGAGAGCGUUAGUGAAACUGCAAGUGAGGUGGGCAAAGAGCAUUCGUCGAAACCAGGAGCUGAACAUGGCCAUAUCAUCUCCACUGUGAACUUCAGCUAAUUCCCUCCGCAAGUCUGUGACAUCAUCUCCUAUUAAAAAUGUUCAUAAUUCACUUUUGUAAAUAGCUAGAUUAACAUUGCGCUACCUGGAAAAAAUACAAAAUGUCUUGAAAAAUCUUUAAUGUCCUAUAUUUUUUUAAUCUCAGAAAUAAAAUUUGAAGCUUGUAUUUGAUCAGGAGGCUGACUAAUAAUCAAAUUAAACAAUAUUCCUUUUUUUAAAUUCAUGGCUGGAGAGAUCAUCAUUGGAUAAAGGGAAGAAACAAAGGUUUGCAUUUGUCUCUUAUUGAAAAAGUGGAAAAUCUGUCUUAUGAGUGGGUAUUUGUAGAACAUUAAAGCCCCUAAAUAAGUUAUCAUUUCACUUGAAAAGUUAGAAGGUGUCUGUU